AUGUUCCUUCGUGCAAAGACUCAGCCUGCUACUAAUAGCACUGCUCCCACUAACUCUGCUCAGGUCAAUCCUGCAGCCACUGAUGCAUCGCCAGAUGCAUUUGUAACAGCCGCCAUAAAUCCAGCGGCUCCUCUGGAGAUAGAAGAAGCUGGUAUGGCUGCAGCAGCAUCAGCCGCUAGCGAACCAACGCUUACUGACAUGGCGGCCGUGGGUGCUGCGGAUAAGGCGGUUACUGUAGAGGUCGAUGAGGGAGCGUUCAUUGCGGCAGCAGCAACAGCUGCUGGCGAGCCAGCAUUUACUGACACGGCGGGCGUAAGUGGUGCGGAGAAGCCAGUUCCAGUGGAGGUGGCUCCAGCGAAGGCUGAUGGAAGCAAGGAGGUGGCAGCGGCCGAGGAGGGAGCAUCCAUUGCGGCAGCAGCAUCAGCUGCGCCAAGGCACGGUAAGGCAUGGCUGGAAAACGUUGCGGUUCCUGCAGUGGCUGGAGGCGAGGUGACUUUUGAGUUGACUCAAAAGCGGGGUCGACCUAGGAAAGGAGAGAAGCAGAUGGAGGCGGUCAAGGUUUCUGGGGUAGCACAGGUGUACGCUGCAGUGGCUGGUGACGUGUCAGCCAUCCCUUCAGCUGACGUGUCAGUCUCUCUUCCAGCUGAUGUGUCAACCAACCCUGCAGCUGACGUGUCACGCGCCCCUGCAGCUGAUGUGUCAGUCGCUCAUGCAGCUGACGUCUCACUCGCCCCUGCAGCUGACGUGUCCCCCGCUCAUUCGACACCUUUCACCGCGUCCAUGUCCUUGGGUUCGCCCGUGGGCGUUGGUGUUGGGAGGAAGCGUGUGAGCGUUUUGGAGGAGUUCAGUGCGGUGGAGAGGGAUGGGGAGCACACGCGGCAACAGGUGCAACAAAAGGAGCGCGAGCAGGUGAAGGGGAGAGAGCAAAGGACGUCAGCGGAGGAAAAGGAGGAGGUGUCGGAAAUUGAGAGUAUUGGUUCUGAUGAGCUGGCUCAAGCUGCUCCGGUGGAGGAAGCAGCAGCACAGCCACGCUCAGUAGACCAGGCACAGCUCGCUUCACCAGGCCCAGUGGAAACUCAGCCGCCUGCUGCAGCAGAGGCGGUUGGCAAAGCAGCAGCUGCAGGUUGCGGUGGGCCUGUUCAGGCUGCUCCGGUGGAGGAAGCAGCAGCACAGCCACCCUCAGUUAACCAGGCACAGCUCGCUUCACCAGGCCCAGUGGAAACUCAGCCGCCUGCUGCAGCAGAGGACGUUGGCAAAGCAGCAGCUGCGGGUUAUAGGGGGCCUGUUCAGGCUGUUCCGGUUGAAGCACCAGCGCAGCCAGCCCUGGUUCACCAGGCACAGCUCGCUUCGCUGGUGGAGUCUCAGCAUCCUGCUGCAGCAGAGGCGCUUGGCGAAGCGGCAGCAGUUUCUGGCGGGCCGGUUCAGACUGCUCCGGUGGAGGAAGCACCAGCACAGCCAGCCCUGGUUCACCAGGCACAGCUCGCUCCACUGGUGGAGUCUCAGCAUCCUGCUGCAGCAGAGGCGCUUGGCGGAGUGGGGACGUCCCGUUAUGGUCGGAGGCUGAAGCAGAGGAGUCUUUUCCAGCCAAACGCCGUGCAAGAGGGCCCAAGGACACGCAGAAAGCCUGCUGCUGAAGGGACUCAGAAGGCCGCACGCGAAAGUUUGAAAGGAACGCGCCAAAACGAGAGCAAAGGGCCGGCUUCCAGAGGAGGGAAGCGGCUGCAGCAGAUGAUGCUAGGGAUCCGGUUCGUGCCCGUGGGUGGUGAAUUUGAUAGAGGUGCAGCAGUGGUGCUACCGGUGUACUUUUGUGAUACAAAUGAAGGUGGUAUUGCUGGGGAGAAUGUGGUGGAGCGUGAUACAAAUGAAGGUGGUAAUGCUGGGGAGGAAGAGGAAGACAUGGAGGCAAAGGUGGAGAGGGAGAAGGCUCGGAUGCGAGAAGAGGCGCACAAGACGGCGCAGCUCUUUGCUCAAUCCACUGCUGGACGGCCUAUGCACUCCUUCUUUCUCCCCAGGCAGCGCCAGCCAAAGCCAGUCCAGCGUCUUGAUUGCUCUGCUGGUGUGGAUGGUUCUGGCCGUGUUGACGGCACAGGAGGGGUUGGCAACCUAGGGGGUCUAGUUAGGGGUAAGGAAGAAGGGGUUUCUGCUGGCAUUGGGGAGGGUGUUGCUGGGAGAGGGGCAGCAGGAGGGGCAGCAGGAGGGGCAGCAGCGGGAGCCGGUGGAAAGGUUGGUGGUGGGGGGUUCUUUGGUGCACGGGUGAUGCGAUUUCCUGGUCGGAAGGUUCCUCUGCUGCCCCUGAACCCCUUCCAUGUGACCCAAGAGACAGAGGGGAACGAGGAGGGGGGGAAGGAAGGGGAGGAUCAUCAUCAUCAUCAGCAGCAGCAGAAGAAUCAGCAACCUCGUAUGCACUCGUCAGUUGAGCCGUUUCAAAAGGAGGAUCAGCAGCAGCAGCAUUGUACGAGCCCUCCCCUCCCCCCUCUUGGCCAAAUAUGUGGUAAUGAGGCAGCUGUUAACGAGUUGCUGCAGUGGCUGCAGCAGUGGCAGAAUCGCCUUGGGUCUACACCCAUGUUUGUUGCUCAGCCUCAUGCUGCUGGUGCUGCUGCUUCUGAUGCUGCUGCUGCUGCUGCUGCUGUUGCUCCUGCUGCUGAAGGUGCUGAUGCUGCUGCUGUUGCUGAUGCCGGCGCUGCUGGUGGCGUUGGUGGUGCACCCACUGCUGAGACUGCAGAACCUGCACCUGUUGCUGCUGGCGGUUCCUUUGACGUGCCCAUACGCCCUUAUACCUCAGCGGCCGCCACUGCGGAUGCUCAUGCUGGGGCAGGUGCAGUGGGGGAUGGUGUAGUGGUGGUGGGGACUGGUGGAAUGGGGGGUGGCGGCUGGCAAAGCAGGCGAGCAAGGGCAGUGAAGCAAAGAGGUUUUUGGAAGAGCUCUGAUAAAGGGAGACCUGGUAAAAGGAGAUCUGGAUCUGGAGAGGAGAGUAGCGACGCGGAGGGCUGGAGUGAUGGUGACAGUGGUGGUGGUGGGGAUGGCGGCACGGAGCGUGACUGUAGUGGGAGUGAUUACAGUGCAGAGAGUGACUAUAACGAGGGGAGUGACUCUGAUGCAUGGAUGGAGGAGGAGGAAGGGGAGCAGCUACCGUGUGCUGUGCUGCUAACAGGACCUGUGGGGAGCGGCAAGACCGCAGCAGCGUAUGCCUGUGCAGCAUCCCUGGGCUUUCAAGUUGUGGAGGUGAACGCGUCUGACGCUCGAGACGUGGCGCUGCUUCGUGGAAGGCACGUGGGAGCGUCCGUGCUGCUGUUUGAAGAUGUUGAUGUGCUUAUAGAGGAGGACAGGGGCUUUGUUGCUCUGCUGGUGCAGCUGCUGAGUCCCUCCCGCCAGCACAACAAACGCCCCAUCAUCCUUACUGCCAACUCCUUCCCGCAGCCCUUACUCGCUUCAUCAUCCCAUUCACCAGGCCCUCAGCGUCCCAAGCCCUGCCACUGCUACACAAGAUUUGCAUGGAGCAAGCACAGCUCUCCGUUCCCCCACCUCCCCCCCUCCUCCCCCUCCUCUCCCUGCUCCUCUCCUCUCUCCCCACUGACCUCCGCUCCCUCCUCCUCUUCCUCCAAUUCUGGUUACCCAGGGAAUCAGCUAUCUCCCGCACCUCCACCCUCCAUGCUCCUAUCGGCCUUCUAUUACCUCCACUUGUCGACUUUAAGAGUGACUUAA